AUGGAUACUCCUAAUGUAUCACUUUAUUGUAAAAAUUUAAAUGAUAAGAUUAAAAAAGAAGAUCUAAGGCAAUCGCUCUACUGUUUGUUUAGUUUUUAUGGUCCUGUUUUAGAUAUUAUUGCGUUAAAAACUAUGAAAAUGAGAGGUCAAGCUCAUAUUGUUUUUCGAGAUGUUGCGUCUGCCACGGCGGCUAUGAGAGCAUUGCAAGGAUUUGUUUUUUUUGGAAAGGAAAUGAAAAUUGAGUAUGCAAGGCGAAAGUCAAAUGCAAUAGCAAAGCUUGACGGGACUUUUAAAAUACCUAUUCCAGAAUUGGAUAAAGAGUUAAGGAUGUCUGCAGUAGGAGGAGGAAUGAUAGCAGGGGUAAAGAGGUUUAGAGAAGAUGAUGAUAUCAAUAAUUAA